CUAGCCUGCAAGAAAGAAAGGAAGGAGUCUUCAAAAUUAGUAGAAACUGCUCCUCCCCGCUCUCUUCUUCCGAUUCCCACUCCUUCCCCUGCCAGUCCAGCACCGCCCUCCACGGGAGGUACGGGGAGUCCUCCUCCAGGAGACUCAGGUGGUAAAGAUUUAUCCUGCUGGGAAGUAGAAGAGCACCUCAUUAAAAAAGAUGCCUCCCAAGUUCAAGUGUCACCUGAAUGAUGAUGAUGUCGCAGGUUCUGUGAAAAGUAAAAGGAGAAAUCUUUUAGAAGAUGAUUCAGACGAAGAAGAGGACUUUUUUCUAAGAGGACCAUCUGGACCAAGAUUUGGACCUAGAAAUGAUAAAAUUAAGCAUGUUCAGAAUCAGGUGGAUGAAGUCAUUGAUGUCAUGCAAGACAGUAUUACAAAGGUAAUAGAAAGAGGGGAGAGACUAGAUGAACUACAGGACAAGUCAGAAAGCUUAUUGGAUAAUGCAACUGCUUUUAGCAACAGAUUCAAACAACUUCAAAGGCAAAUGUGGUGGUGCGGAUGCAAAAUAAAAGCCAUCAUGGCUUUGGUUGGUAUUACUCUUUUGUUAGUGAUUAUCAUUCUUAUAGUUGUGAAAUACCGUACUUGAUUUGAUGACAGAUCUUCAUUAAACAAAAUCUGGGACAAUAAUAAUAAAA